AUGUACGCCCGCUAUAUACCACCUCCGAAAGACACACAGCAGUCUGCUCCUGUUCGGGCCGUGCUAGCAACUGCUCCUCCUGCUACUCCGGCCUUCUCGACGUCCACACCGUAUGCUCGAUACAUCCCCGGUCAAGCGACAGCGCAACCCCUGCAGCCAGCGGCAUCACAACGAGUUGUUUUCAGUGAUGAUGAUUUUUCCGCAAAUGAUCAAAGUAAAGAUGGCCGCUCAACAAACGCAGAGACGAAGGGUACGACAGAGUCCAGAAAAGCAAAGUUUAAAUCAAACAAGCCCGAAGACGAGGCACAAGAACAAAGUGCUGCUAACAACGCCCAAGCCUCCAAGGCACGAAAGCGGAAACGGGACGAGGAAGAACCAACGAAACCAUCUGAACAUGAUGUUAUACAGGGAAACGGAACAGAACAGACAGAGCAGCCCGACGCGGAUCCAGAGCUGGAACUGAACAGUGCAGCCGACAGGGAGCCUGCGCCUGGAGCCUCGAACGAUGCCAUACAAACAACAAAAAAGCCACCUAAACGCGAAAAGAAGAAGAACAAGCAAUUGGGUGAUCAGGAUAUUGAGAUGGCCGAUGCCGAGGCGGCUCUGCUCCAUAAGGGCCAUACAUCAGUGCUUGAAAGGUUCCAGAGAUCUCUCCAGAUACAACAGCAUCUGCCUAAAGAGGAGCUCAAGAGCACGGAGCCUGAGAAGCAGAUAGAGGAAGAGCCUGCUGAGGAGCAUGGGCUUGAACCAAUCCCGCAGCCAGAGCCAGUCGUCUUUGAUGAGUCCAAGUUGACUUACGAGACUCUGCCUCAAUGGCUUGCCUCGCCUAUCCGGGUCAACCCCGAGAUGAAACAGCCAUGGAAUGAGCUAGGCAUUUCUCCUGAAUCAGCAAGGGUACUUGAGUCUAAAGGUUUCAAGGAUGCGUUUGCAGUGCAAACCGCCGUGCUUCCUCUCUUGUUGCCCUCUGCCGACCGCCAAGGCGACGUAGUUGUCGCUGCCCCAACUGGUUCGGGAAAGACUCUGUCCUAUGUGCUUCCCAUGGUACAUGAUCUUAGUCGAGGUCGCAUCACCAGGCUAAGGGCCCUUAUUGUGCUGCCCACAAGAGACCUUGUUCAUCAGGUCCAACUCGCCUGCGAGACAUGUGCCGCCGCGUUUGCUGUGAAUGGCGGCAAGCGCGUCAAAAUUGCGACUGCCAUGGGUAACAGACCAUUCAAAGAUGAACAGACCGUGAUUAUGGGGGAAGAGCAAAAGUACGAUCCUGAGGGGUUCGAGAAAUACCUGAGGAAGCAAGAUAGCUUCGUUGAUCUGGAAGAAUCGGACGAAGAGGAUGACGAGCUACAUAUUGGGCGGACUCUGCCCCUUCCCUAUCAUGUCAUCUCCCAUGUAUCCAAGGUCGACAUUCUUAUUUGCACCCCCGGUCGACUUGUGGAACACAUCACAAAGACGCCUGGUUUCACGCUUGACUAUGUUCGCUGGCUGAUCGUCGAUGAAGCUGACAAGUUGUUGGCUCAAGACUUUCAGCAGUGGCUGGCAACGGUUACAGAAAAGCUGAGCACUGCGAAGCCGGGUGCUCGCGACUUUCCAACAUCAAACAAAUCCGGUGUACGAAAAGUUAUCCUUAGCGCCACGAUGACCCGUGAUUUAAGCCUGUUGAACGGUUUGAAGUUAUCGAGACCUCAGCUUGUUCUUGUCGAGGGCACGAGGGCUGGUGAGCAGGUCUUGCCGUCUACCCUCAGCGAGUUUGCCAUCAAGGUGCGUGAGGCCAGUUUGAAGCCAUUAUACUUGGUGGAUCUGCUCCGGAGCAAGCACAUGGUCGCUGUCAACAAAGAUGGCACCGCCAAGACAAAAUCAGUUCCCUCCGAUGCCAGCGACUCGGAGUCUUCAUCCUCUUCCGAGUCAUCCAGCUCCGAAUCCGAAUCUGAUUCAGUAUCCGAUUCCGACUCUGACUCAUCAUCUGCUUCAUCGGAUCGGGAAGAAACCUUUCAACAGGAGCGAGCCACCACUCGGUUCCCGACAGCGGCCAAGUUCCCCACUACGGUCCUCAUCUUCACCAAGAGCAACGAAGCAGCCCUGCGUCUCUCCCGCUUACUCACCCUCCUGGUUCCCGACCUGGCCCCUCUUAUCGGCGUUCUCACAUCAUCAACGAAGACUGCCCGGCGCACACGUACUCUGCGUGCUUUUACACAGGGCAAGCUGCGCAUCCUCGUCGCAUCGGACCUCGUCUCGCGUGGUAUCGACCUGCUCAACCUGGAGCACGUGGUCAACUACGACGUGCCGAUCAGCGAAACGUCAUACGUGCACCGUGUCGGACGCACGGCGCGUGCAGGACGGAAGGGCUGCGCUUGGACGUUGGUUGAGUUCUCGGAGGGCAGACGGUUCUGGAGGGAGUUUGCUGGUGAGGGCAAGGGAGCUGUCACGAGUAUUGUUCGGCAUGGAAAGGUGCAGAGAGCGAAGAUCGGGGAGGACGUGGAGGAUGGUGGAUUCUCGGAGAAGAGGGUGAAGGAGUAUGAGGAGGCUUUGAAGACACUGGCGAAGGAGGCGGGAGAGGGCAGGAAGUAG